GUGACGCAGCGCAGAAGAACUGGCAUAACCUCCAUUCAAAGAGCUGUCAAAACCAAAACAAGCCGGAUUAUCCUCCAUUUCAUCUUAGUCAUUCAGCAUUUUUAUAAGAUACGGAACCACAAUACGGAUAAAGGAGACACCGAGAAACACAGACCGACCAUCUAGUCCUGCACCCCGGACUUUGCACCAUGGUUUUGAGAUACUUGUGCGGUACACUCCGUUCCAGUUUGCGCGGCUCCAGUGUGUGUUGCGCCUGAGAGGACAGAGACCCCGGGAAUGACCGAUAAGCAGAAGCGGAGAGGACACUGGGGGCACCAUGGAGCUCGGACAACGUAGCUCACAGACUAUCCAGCCCCCUCAGAGUGACCUGCUGCCCCGCUCUGACCAGCUCCUCAGUGCCACGGAGGACCAGGAGAUGAGCGGUGGACAGACGAUGGACAGUGUGACGUUCCACCAUGAUUCGGUGCUGUCUGAUGUGCACAUGCUGCAGCCUCGUACACGUCGCCUCAUGACCCGACUGACCCGCAUCGGACAGCCAGUCUUCAUGUCCAAGUUCCGUAUCCUGCCUCAAGAGCAGGUUCUGGACCAGACCGAGGAUCCAGACAGCAGUGAGGAGGGGGCCAGUCCUGUCAGAGGGGACCUAAAAACGGGGGACAGUCCUGCUAGAGAGUCCCCAGAGAAGAGGGACGCUGGAGGGGACAUGAGCAAAGCAGAGUCCCCAGUGGAGGAUCAGAGCCUGCUGCUGGACGAAGACGGAGACUUUGAGUUAACACGGCCCCGGAGACAGGCCCCUGAGUGUGGACGAGACGAGGUGUGUCCAGUACUUCUGAGCCAAACUUACCCCCAGGACCCUGAGGACCUAAAAGAAGACUCCACAGAUGACAGCCCGCCAUCUGCAGAUAUCAUAAGGAUAGAACACACCAUGGCCACACUGUUGGAGGAUGUGGGCAAGCAGGUGUGGCGGGGGGCCUUCUUCCUGGCAGACUUCGUCCUGUCAGAGCCCGGUACGUUCAGGGGGACCACAGUUCUGGAGCUGGGAGCAGGGACCGGUCUGACCAGCAUCCUCACUGCCUCUGUGGCCAAGAGAGUCUACUGCACCGAUGUGGGAGAGGACCUACUGAGCAUGUGCAGAAGGAAUGUCGCUCUGAACAAGCAUGUGAUGGAACGCAGCGGAGGGGAGGUGAUAGUGAAGCAGUUGGACUGGCUUCAGCGUGACCUCUGCACAGAUCCAGAGGAGGAGUUCAGCUGGAGUGAGGAAGAGGUGGCUGACCUGUACGACCACACCACAGUCAUCAUCGCCGCAGACGUGGUGUACGAUGAUGACCUGACCGACGCCUUCUUCAGGACAAUGUACCAGCUCUGCUCCAGCUUCACCCACAGCUGUGACGUCUACAUUUCCAUCGAGAAGAGGCUGAACUUCACACUGCGCCACCUAGAGGUCUGCUGUGAGGCCUACGAGCACUUCCACCACUGUCUGCAGCAGCUCCAGGACAUCGAGGGGCACGUCCACUUCAGCACCCAGAGAGUGGCCCCCAGCUUCCCCCAGAGCCUCAUGUAUGAGCGCGUGCACCAGCUGGAGCUGUGGAAGGUGUCCGCCACAUACACUACCAAGCUUCCGGAGAGCUCCGCUGACCACCAUCUGUCUGGACUGUGAUCUGACCGCUUGGACCCCAGCUGACCACCGCUUCCUGGGCUGGGCUCUGACCACUCGAUGUGUGGACUGUGGGCAUGGAGGUGUGAGAGUGGAAUAUUAAUGAGCAGUCUUCUAUAGACGAAGCUCCAGAGGACUGCAGGCUCCAGGCUUCACUCAGUGUGACCUGUACGUGUCUAAAGUGGACCCGAACCAGGGACAAAGCUGCCAAACUGUGAAUGCUAACAGUGAAUGUAUGUAUUUGAAUGAGAAGUGACCUUAUUUAAGAAGCACAUGCACCUUGGGCUCAAGUAUUUGGGAAAAUGUCCCAUUGUGAUAUUUCUGAUUAGAUUUUGUGUUUUAAUGUUUAGAUCCUUUUCAAAGUUCACUUUUUCAACACAAAGGUCACAAGAUUUGACCAAAAGUCUGACAAACUAAUACAAGAAUCACAUUUGAGAACAUGUUUGUACAGAUCUAAACUACAGGGUGAGCUGCUUUUAUACAUUCUUUUAAAUGUAUGUAUUUUAAAGCCACAAUAUGUCACUUUUUAGACAGGAAACAAAUCUGUUGAUCUCAAUGUGUUUUUUUUCUGCUGACAUGUUUGUGUGGGCGUCUGUUUUCAGAAGAGUGCUCUCUGAUCAGAACACUGUUAUUGAUCACUGCUCUGUGUUCCUUCAGGAUGUGGCUGUGCCCCCUGACCUGACAGGUCAAAAACAAAACAAACAAACCUUUUUUGCUUUACAAAGUUGUCUAAAAUAAGACAUCACGAAUUUCAUUCAUGGGAAACUUUUUUUUUUUUUUCAUUUUGAUUGUGUUUUUUGCACAAGUAAGCAUCCUUCGUGUGACACUUGCAUCUCCACAAACCUGACUUUUUUGGCCUGGAGCAGGGCCUCUUCCUGCUUGGUUCCAUGGAAAUGUUGUUGCUAUGGUUAAAGUGUUGUUUUAAUUUUCUGUUGUACAAUUCUACUGAAUCAUGCAGGAGACAUCCCACCCCCAGAAAGUGACAUACUGUAGCUUUAAAUUAUUUACUUGCACAUUAGAAGUUUUCUUUGAGUACUAACUGACCUGUGAAGUGAGUCUGGAUGUGGACAUGUGUUUGACAGGGCUGUUGCUGCACUGGCUUCUCUCUUUGCAUCUGUCUAGUGGGCUCACACACAUACCCAUGACCCAGUGCAGGCUCCCAGGGGCCCAACAGAUACCUGCUUCUGUUUUUGACUCCAUGUUCCAGAAGGAAUUGAACCAUCAGUAUUUUCUUCUUCUUUUUUGUGGUAAUAUAAAGCUGCACCGUGUCACUUUUAAGGUGAAGGGUUUGAAAACUUGGUCUCUGUGGAGGUAUUCUUGUUUUGCCUGGAAUGUUUCACAUUAUACCAUUACACUAUCUAUCUCCAUGGCGAUAAGCAGCUGACCAUCCCAAGUAUUUUUGUUAACAAUAGUACAUAGAGCUGUAUGUAUACAUCUCAAUCAGAAAAGUUACAUAGUGCAGCUUUGUUUUAACUUAAGAAGUUUGGUUCUGACACUGAAUCACAGAAUUAGUCAAAUAUUUUUCAAUCUAACUAUAUUUGAAUCUCAAUUUUAAAUCUAACUUUGUAUUGUAACGAUUUCUAUGAGUGAAAGAGCGUCCACACAUGUUUGACGUGUGUGUGGUGUGGAGCUUUAAAAUAAACUUUUAUAUUUUGA